AUGGAAGCGUCUCCUCAGGCAGACACUGCCCCGAAGGAAAACCCCGACAAGAACCCAAUGUUAACUAAUGCACCCGCAACCGGAUCUGAAACUGUUGUUGGAGUUAAGAAAGAGGAUACGGAAAAUGGCAGAGUCGAUCCAACCUUAGCCAUAUUUGACGAUGUCGACAACAACAGUGAGGAGGAGGGGCCCGAAUUUGUCGAUGUCGAUCACGUGGGUUUCGUUGAUCACAAUGGUGUUAAUUGCUGGGUUUGCCCAGGCUUUAGAAUACCCCAGAUUCCGGAGGUAUCAGUGGUGAAGCGGCCUCUCAAGGAUCUAUGUGAUGCCAUUAAAACAAAUGAUAUUGUAUUGGAUCCUAAUUACCAGAGGGAUGUAGUCUGGGACGACAUGCGUGCCGAGGGGCUGAUAGUCUCACUGUUAAUGGGCUAUCUUCCUCCACCAAUCAUAUUCAAUGUAAAAUUACAGAUCACUGAGACACCCAACGGCAAACUGAGGAAGCAUAUACGUACUUGCGUCGACGGCAAGCAACGGUUGACAUCUAUCCUAAGAUUCAUGAGAGGCGAAAUUGGUUUCCUAGACUCAAAACACAAGAAGUGGUAUUACGAGCAGCCAACUGCAAAUGGCAAGAAGGUGACUGGUGCUGAUAGCAUCUUACCAACGGAAGUGAAGAAUUUCUUCCUAUCAAGAUUUUUCAUUUGCUACGAGUACAAUGAACUAUCGCAGAGUACGGAAGAAGAAAUGUUUCAACUUGUGCAGAGAGGGAUCGCUCUUACGCCUGCUGAAAAGAUGCGUGCGAUGUCGACCGAGUGGGCAGAAUUUACCAGGCAAUAUGAAGAAGACUACUCGAUGAUUAUAAACCUUUCAAAGCAAGGGCGCGCUUCAGGCUUUCGGCUCACUUUGACAAUUUUCGCGAUGGUCCAGGAGGUUAUGUCGAACAGAAGAAAGAAUAACUCAGUUCCGACGCUACAAGCUAGCCCGCAAGCCCUCACACGAAUGCUUGAAGAAAAAGAACCAAUCAACCCCGUACUCAAGCUGAGGUUGAAGGCUGUUUUUGACCGCUACGAAAAGCUCGUCAAGCUCUCCUCCUCAAAAGUCACUGCGAAAAAGUAUAAAGUCAACGUCGACUCGGUCUUUGAUACUGCUCCUGACUUCCUACGUGGAGAAGGCUUCGAUCACGUUCGCACUUUCUCGCCGUUAGAGUUGAUUUCCACCGGAAUUCUCAUUUGCUACCAUAUGGAAAAGCGAACUGAUGCCCAGUUGCUUAACGAUGUGAAGGAGAUGCGACGCCACCUGCGGAUCAAACACAAAGACUUGAGAGUCAACGCUCAGUGCUGGGCUACCGUUUGGGAAUUCAUUACGAAAGUCGGAUCUUCUGACAGCGUCACUCCUGAGAUUGCCGAAAAUAGCAAUUCUAAUAUUGUCAACGGUAAUGAUGCCUCGGAUGCUUGUGUGUCUUCAUCCGAGACAUCCAGCAACUCUGAAGAAAGUGCCGGAUCAGUUGUCACUGCAGAAACUCUCAGCUCUCGGACUUCUCCAUCUAUAUCCACAUCGAGGAACGCCGAUCUUAGUCAAGGAAACCGAGUCUCUCGGUCCGUUCCUCAAGCAAAGCUUGUUAAUAGUGCCAAAAGAAGGAGAGGGAGGUUCAGGUCUGGCGCUUCUACAAAACACGCGGUUUCAAAGACCACUGCCUUUAUAGAGACUGCUAGACGUCCUAAAGAACAUGGAAUUUCUGCUUUGGGACAAGCAAGCGCCGGUUCUGAUGCCAGUGGAGAGACUAAUUCUCCUGAUCGAGCCAAUUCCACCAACUGUAAUGGCUCUUGUGGUGGCUUCAAGUCAAUAUGCCAGAAUCAGCAUGCCAUCGAUUUAAGCAGCAAAGAUUAUAGAUCUGCAACUUCGUCGAGGCGAUCUGCCCGUUCUGGUCUUGCGAUGCCUACUGCACAUACUGUUGGCACAUCGACAAGAGUGACCAGAGGCCGGCCGGAGUUAGCUACAGUGAAGGAUGGUACCGGUACUGUAGUUAAGGUAAUCUCGCCAGCCAAGUCAUCCGCAGCAACGAAUGGCAUUGGGACCGAAAUUGAUGAGGGCUCUUCAUCCACGAGUUCCACCGAUGUUGAAAACAGCAUGAAUAUCAGCGAAGAGGAUCAUACCGUUAUUGAUGAUGAUGACUCGGAUGGGUCCCUAUCUUCGGUACCGUCGAGCGCUAUCAGCAGUCCUGAACCUAGUCCUAAACCUCAUGAGCUAGGUGUACACAUGGGCAAACGACCUUUGGGCGAUGGCGGCAAUACCUUAUUGGAUAUAAGAGGGAAGAAGAAGCUGAAACAUUGA